GCGGGGUCUUAAAAUAUGACGACACCGGGGGAGGGGUUCUUAAAAUAUGACGUCACCGGGGGCGGGGCGCGCCCGCUCGCUCCACAGUCUUCACCGCGCUCGCUCACAGGCAACAUGUCGGCGGCCGCUCAACAAAACAACAACGAAGAGCCCGGGCUGAACGGAGUCCUGCCCCUCAGCAGCUCUGUCCCUCUCGGUGUCGCAGGGUCCUGGGUGGAGCUGGAGAUGAACGGGAACAACGGGAACGCUGCCGGGAACACGGAGAGCUUGAACUUGAACUUGAACGAGGGAGAGGGAGAGGGAGAGCGCAACGGGGGCCUGGAGCACGUGCCCUCCUCCUCAUCCAUUCACAACGGGGACAUGGAGAAGAUCCUGCUGGACGCACAGCAUGAGAGCAGCCAGAGCAGCAGCUCCUGUGACAGCCCUCCUCGCCCACACACACCCCUGGACGAGGGGCAGAUAACCUUCGAUGUGGAUAUGCACACGAGCCGAGACUCCUGCAGCUCACAGUCGGAAGUGGACAGUGUGGACAGGGAGAAGGAGGAAGACAUUCUGAUGAUGAAGAGCGCUGACUGGGUAGCGGACUGGUCCAGCCGACCAGAAAACAUCCCCCCGAAGGAGUUUCACUUCCGGCACCCCAAGCGCUCGGUGACUCUGAGCAUGAGGAAGACAGGGGUGAUGAAGAAGGGGGGCGUCUUCUCAGCAGAGUUUCUCAAGGUGUUCAUCCCCUCCCUGCUGCUCUCGCACAUCCUGGCUCUGGGGUUGGGCGUGUACAUCGGGAAGAGAAUGACAACCCCCUCAGCCAGCUCCUUCUGAGCAGGGAGUGAAGAGCCUGGGACUCCAGUCGCAGUCUGUUCCAUGGACCUCUCUCUCUCCUCUCUCCUCUCUAUCUCUCUCCUUUCUCUCUCUUGCUCUCUCUCUCUCUCUCUCUCUCUCUCGUUCUUGUAUUUUAUUAUAAUGGAUUUUUUUUUGCCUUCUGUAAUUUGGUUUGCGAGCAGCAGAGACCAUUUGUUUGGGGCGCCACCUGCUCCUAAACUCUUGCGAUUCAUUUUCCUAAAGAUCCUGGUUUGCUGGACUGGCUGGCAUGCAGCGUUUUUAAAUUUGAAAGGGAUACAAAUGAGGAUGUAGAGCUAAAUCGUAUUCAGAAUGACGCUGAUGACGUUGUUGUAGGUGCUAGGAAUUAAAGAUUAUCUGGGCAGACUGACCUGUCCUCGCUAGGGUAGGAGAUUUUAUAAGGAGCAGAUUUGCAAGCCGGCCGCAUAGCCUGAACAGUGAACCGCACAGUAUACUUUGUAAUCGCUUAUGCUAAGAUUUUUAAAAUGAAUUAAAAAUAGAAGAAUUUUUCGUCCAAUAUUUUGCAAGUCAGGGCAGCAGUAGGGGAGUUGCUGGGUGGCUUUUUUGCUAAGAUGGUUUUAAGGGCUUAGGGUUCUACUGGACUACAAUUGUGACCCAAAUGAACCAGACUGUGAACACCCGGAAAGGGCUUUCAGUCCCAGGUGAAGGAUUACACCUGCCUGGCCCGCUAACAGAUUAGACACUGAGCCCGCAGGACCAAGCUGAACUGCACCAGAGCCCUGGCACCCCCUGUCUGUGGGCAGGGGAGACAGAGGAGCGAGACCCUACGCGCGCGCACACACACACACACACACACAGCCACUGCUCUCUCUAUGUCACCUGACUCCACAGAGAAGUGUCCAGAGGAGCAUUGCAAUAGUCAGUCAGUCACUCAGCUCCACAGUCUUUGGCUUGCCAUGACUCUAACUGGUGUGUGUUGCCUGUGACGUUUCUUAGCACUGCUUUUAAGACUGCUCUAGAUCGCUAUACUCUCUGUGUCAGGCAGAGCUGGUAAUAUAAAUGGCCUGACUGCUUAUAGAGAUUAUUCAAGCCCUGGGCAGCAGGCUCAGCUGAGCUCAGCUCCUGAGAUGGGAUAAGAAGAUUGGUGAGCGAAACUUUCCUCAAUGCUGAAGACAGGUUCCUACCAAAGAAACCCACAGUGUGUGAUUUGUGCUUUGAAAACCCCAACAUUUGCAAUGGAAGCAGGCGCUGUGGCGGACAAGCUGUAGUGUUUAAAUUGUGCAGUUCAUGCUUAACGCUGUCGUGUCCAGCACGUUCCAGAUGGCAAACCCUUAAACUCGUGUGUUCUGUUUUAUUCCGGGGGCGGGUAGCAUGCUCAUUUUUUUAUGGAUUGACGCAUGGAAAUAAAAGUCUAAUCAUCCAUUCUCCACAAUGUUCAGAAGCUGAUUUGAAGCUGCCUAAUACAAUUAGGGAGAAACACACGCUCUGUACAGAGCAAUAGCUGAAGAAAGACUUCUUGUCUGCAAUGGGUUUUUGAACAGAAUACUCUGAAGGAAGCGACAAACUGAAUUAGCCUGGCUGUUGAAUUGAAAACUACCAAAUAACUGCUUUGUUUGAAUCUAUAUAUAUUUUUUUGUAUUCUUUUAAAAGUAACUAUUAAGGAAAGCCGCAGCACUGUAAGUAAAAUGUAAUCUCAAUAUAGUGUUACUGGAGGUGACAGUCGUAUAGUUGCAUCGUUGGCCAGACUGGUAUAGAUUAACGUCUGGUGAGCAUGGGCAGUACUGUAGCAUUUCAUCUCAGUGACCCUCUCUGCGGUUCAGUAUCGUCACCAAUCGCUCUUCCUGUAGGUUCAAAUUGAACUGCAGUCUAGAUCGGGUGGGGGGGGGGGGAUUUAAUAUAAAAAAAAACCCCAAAAAAUAAGUUUUAUUGUGCUUAUGGAAUGUUUUUGUGGAAUGUUUGCUUACACACAGCCUUGAAUGACGAAGGCAGUUAUUUAAAAAAAAAAAACUAUUUCAAAGUUGGGGGGGGGGCAGGUGGGUAACUAGCACAGCUGACCUGACUGCCGGACGCAGUCUGACUCCAGUGGCUCGUUUCUGAUGCAUGUCCCAGUGGAACGCAGUCAGGACAGCCAGCACGCUCCCUACACGUUUCGGGUAACGCCUUUGUCAGCUGCUGUGUGUUUUUACAUUAAGAAAGGGGUCCUGUUGUGCCGUUCCUCUUGUUCUACCUUUGCCUCACCUUGAUGUGUACCUCACCAGACCCGUGUGCAUCCUCCACACAUAGGAGGGCAUACUGUAAACUUCAUUAUCACAGGUAGCAAAGGGCCUCGCGUCUAUAUAAAAAAAAAAACAGCAACAGUCGAACCCGUGACUGACGAAGGCGUUAACCAAACGUUGAUGCAGUUUUAAUCGACUGGAACAAACGCACACAGACAGACACGUGUGUAAUACAAGGCAAGUGGAACAGGCUCCAGUAACCUGCUGGCUGGCUCCCCUCCACCCCUCCCUCCCUCUGAGACUCCCCUGGCUGCUGUGCCCGCACUCUGCUUGACCCUUGCGUCCUGCACGCCUGCAGUUUAAAAUCGUGUUUUGAAAGCAUUGGAGUUUACUGAGCCAAAGUGAUUGAUCUGACUCUCUGUUACGUUUUAUGUUAGCACUUUGUAGCAUUGUAUGUAAUUAUUAAUAAGAACAUGUAAAAGUA